AUGAGCGUGCCAGUCGACCGUGAAGUUUGGUGGACACAAAGCCGAAGAAAUAAAAAAAGGCCCAGAAAGCCGUUGAUCCGUGCGACGGGUCCCCGGAAACCACCUGUGAGCGAAACCAUAAAGGAUCAGAAUGGAACGGCCAUCUCGACUAAGGAACUCCUCGACGGGUUGGGUGAAGUAGAACCCUGGACGGUGGACGUGGAAACGCCUACAGCCUCGGAGGUUUACGACUGCGUAUGUUCUCUCAAGCGCCCCCGAGCCGAACAGAUUGCUGCUUUCCAGAUUUUCUUUUCGAUCCAGUUCUGUCGUCCUUCAGACUGUUCUGUCGCCAUGACUUCUGUUGACAGCAAAUCUCAAUCCGCCGUCGAAGGACAACCUGGACCACAAUUACUACCCAUGAUUGCAAAGGCCGUUAAAUUAUCACAAGAGCUACCAACAGUCAACACACCUGCAUAUAUUUACUACAACGACUUCCCUCAGUACAAGGCGAUAGCGGCUGGUCAGUCGAAGAAAAUCCUCUCGAUUGUCCAAAAUGUACUCGACCUUUUAGAUGCAAGAACCAAUGUACUUGAUAUUCCAAACUCGAAAAGCUCGCGCGAAAAGUUCUCUUCAAUUGUUGAUGCAAAUGAUAGGUUGCUUGAGCGUUUGUCAAUGGCAAUGGAUAUGGAAGAAGAUCCUGGUCGAAGAGCAACUGCACAGAGAGUCUCAGAGAAUUUGGUUGUCGCUGUCCACAAGAAUCAGAGUACUUCAAUUGGGUGGCUGAAGGCAGGGACAAAAAUUUUGGGAUCCGACCAAACGGAGCAACAAGAAAGUACAGCUGGGGACGGAUUGUUAAAGCUGCUCACUUCCACGACAAUUCGCCGACCUCAAACCCUGUUUUCUGUCCCUCCGGACAAUUCUCCCGCUCCGUUCCGGCCAAAUUUACCCCAUAAACCUAAUCAAAUCCGGUCAUUGUCGGAUUCAUUGCCAAGUGAACUCGAAGGCGACACGGAGUAUCCGCACCCAUACGAGGCAGAAUUGGACGCGUUUGCGCAUACCAUCUCGCACUGGAAGCCACUAAAUCCAGAGGCGCAUCCUUUGGAGCCUAUAGACGCCAAUUACAAGUUCGUUGAUACGCUGUCGGCACUGGAUGCCGCGUUGUCCGAAAUUUCCAUGCACAAAGAGGUUGCUGUUGAUCUUGAGCACCAUAGUCAUCGAAGCUACCUUGGCAUAACGUGUCUCGUUCAGCUGAGCACGCGGACUACAGACUAUAUACUGGACGCAUUAGCUCUACGUGACCAUUUGCACAAACUGAAUGUGAUCUUCACUGACCCUGAUGUGGUUAAGGUCUUUCAUGGAUCAGAUAUGGAUCUCAUGUGGCUUCAGAGGGAUUUCAGCGUCUAUGUUAUCAACUUGUUUGACACCGGGCUGGCGGCCCGAGCACUACAGCUGGGACGCUUUUCUCUUAGCUUUCUUCUGCUGCGGUAUGCCAAUUUUCGCGCAAAUAAGAAAUAUCAACUGGCCGACUGGCGAAUCAGACCUCUGCCUGACGAGUUAAUUGAAUAUGCACGCACAGACACCCAUUACUUGCUUCAUGUGUCUGCUGUCAUGUGCCAGGAGCUGCAAGAUCGCGGCCUUUUGGAAGUCGUUUUGGAAGGAGGGAGACAGUUAUGCCUGAAGCGGUACACCAAACCUGCAUUUGAUCCGCUGGGCUAUCUGUCACUAUACAGACAAGCAGCUGGAACAAGCUUCAAUCACCGCCAGUUAUAUGCGUUAGAACAGCUAUAUGCGCUACGUGAUUCUAUUGCCAGACGUGAAGAUGAAAGUGUGCACUACGUUCUACCGAAUCACAUGCUCAAAACAAUCGCUGAGGUACUGCCUCGUGAAAGUUCUGGUUUAUUUGCAUGUUGCAAUCCCAUUCCUCCACUGGUUCGUAAAUAUGUCCACGAUCUUCACAAGAUCAUCGUCGAUGCCCGAAAUAAACCCAUUAGCGAGUUGACCGUCACUCCACUCCCGGAUACCAAUGUCCCGAUAACUACGCCAGAUCAUGUCGAUCCACAGCCAUCUGCACCCGGUUCUAUGGUAUACUCUACCUUCGUACCGGCCCCUCCUCAUGACCAAUCUCAUGGUUUCCAACCUUCCAGUAAAGUCGCAGUGACAACUGCCAAAGAUCUGGAAACCGGUCCAUCACCUCUUGGUCGGAUCUUCGGUGAUGAGAAUACACAGCAUAUGGACGACACAUCCGAGAUAACAUGCCAGAAAUGGUGGGCAUCGCGUUUGAUGGAUCCUAACCGCCUUCUUCUGAAUGAGCUUUCACGGCUUCUAUCGAUCGGGUUGACUGAAGGCAGCAAGACCUUUUCAAGUGAAAUGACAUACACCAAGGACACUAUUGUACAGCCAGCUGCAUCAGCACCGCGACAAACGCCAGCUGAGCCGAUCAUCAAGUUAGAAUUGGACGAUAAACCCAACGAAACUAAUCGCCCAAUCGUUCCUUCGAAACAAAAAGGCUUCUUGGCUGGCAAGCCUCAAGUGCUUACAGACCCAGACUCGUCCACAACUGCAGCUGCACCGAAUUUCAACUCAGAUGAGGUUGUAAUACUUCGACAAGAAAUGCCUUCGCGUAAUAAACGCAGUGGUCGCCAACGAAAAAGAAAACAACCUGCUGAUCACUCUUUCGUUCAAGACGUUUCAGGUGCAAAUGAAAUCUCUGAUUCCGGAACCGCAUCAGAAAAUUUCACAGAGACACACGUAGCAAUGAGAGGAAUGGCCUCCCAGAGGUCCAAGAUGAGUCGAAAGCCGCGCAACACCGCACAGACCCGAAGAACACGUGGCAACAUUCACCAUCAAGGACGAAAGUCUUAAAAACACGGACGCUUAAAUGAUGCACUUACGCUGGAUUCCACCACUUCUUACUUCCUCACACGAAGCGGUCGCAUUUGGUCCAACGAACCAAUUGCUUGCCUCGAUUUUGCCUCUGUUUGUUUUGUUCUCGUAACUAUCCAUCCACAGAUGGCGUCCAGAAUUAUUCUGCUUUUGACCGCUCAUUAAAGUGCUGAUCAG